AUGGACGCGCGUCACAAGUCAGUUGACACGCGACUGCACCACCUCUCUGUCACUGGCCACUUGACGUUUGUGGAGCCCGAUAGCACGCGCAAACGGCAGCGACCGUGGGCCAUGGACGCCGACGUGCCUGAACAACUCUACUAUGUUGUCUCUUCCUUCAAGCCUUCGGCGGUGACCACGGCCGUUCGCGCCAAUUUCACAGCCCCCGAUGAGCUCAACCUCUUGAUCCUCAAGCACUCGCACCUUGAGGUUUACAAGGUGGUCGAAGAAGGUCUAGAGCCCGUGAUGGACAAGGACCUCUACGGCUCGGUUCUGGCCAUGAACGUCAUCCGCCUCCCAGGCUGGGAGCGUGAUGCCGUCUUCUUGUUGACCUCAACCUUUCGCUUCUUCAUUCUGGCCUCGGACGAAGACAACGGUGUUGUGACCGUCAUCAAGGGCAAUGCCUUGUCCAGCUGCCAGCGUCCCGCCGACUGCGGCGUUCACGUUGCCGUGCAUCCCAAGGGCAACUGCAUCUUUGUUUCCGUUUACCCUGGGAACGCCUUGAUUAUCCCUUUUGACGCGAGCGGCGAGCCGAUGGAAGCCUACUCUGUCUUCGUUCCCGUGAGCUCGCUUCUGGAUGCGACCUUUGUCAAUGGUGCACACGACUUUACGCUGGCGCUUCUUUCGGAUGAUGACACCAACUUUACGUCACUUAAAAUGUUUCAUCUUGAUGUCGAGGAGCGCACUCUGGUCGAGGAGCAACUGGCCGACAGCACCAUCAACACGUACUCUUCCAGGCUUCUUCCUCUGUGGAAUCUGGACAGCGGUGUCUUGGUACUGGGCGAGGAGCUCUGUCACGUGGUCACCCCCUCGGGCAUCAUUUCCAGCAACUUGUCAGAGAGUCUUCCUGUAGCUGCUGGAAUCAUUGACACAGACGGCUCGCGCAUUCUAAUCGGUGAUGAGCUUGGUGAUUUACAUCUUCUCGUGCUUGAGGGCAUUGCAGAACGCCGGGUUACCAGCAUUGUCCGCCAGCACCUAGGUCGCAUCUCAACCCCAUCUGCCAUCGUCUAUCUUGACAACGGGGUUGUUUAUAUUGGAAGCGAUCAAGCUGACUGCCAGCUGAUUCAGCUGCUGUCUCACGUGCAAGCGGAGGCUGACAACAAGGUGAAAGUUCUUCAAGAGUACCCCAACAUUGGUCCCAUCGUCGAUUUUGAAAUGGUGGACCUCGACGGCCAUGGACAACAGCAGGUUGUGAGCUGCUGCGGCAGUAACCAAGACGGCUGCCUGCGCAUCUUGCGCAAGGGCGUAGGGAUCGAUGUACUGGCCUCCCUUGAUCUCGAGGGCCUUCAGGACUUGUGGUGCUUGCGCUCAGCCUCAAAUCUUGGUGAGGAUCAGCAUGAUGUCUUGGCGCUCAAGUUUCUUGAGCAAACAGCCUUCCUCUCUUUGGCUGGCGACGAGGUCUGUCUGCUCUAUUCCACUCCUACAUCCCACUCCUACACCGAGUUGGAUGGCGUGGACGUCGCUGGUGCCAACACCGAGCUACCGGCGCUACACUGCGGCAAUGUUCGGGAUGGAAUGUGGCUGGUCGUGACAAGUCAAGAUGCGCGCCUGCUGGAUGCCGUGGACCGAACAGAAGUGACCCGGUGGAGCCCUCCUAAUGGCAAGGGUAUUGAUGUCUGUGCAUCAACGGGAGAUUUGCUGGCCGUCGCGAGUGGAUCAGAUCUUUACGCACUCUCGCUCAGUCGGACUGAAGGCCUCCACGACAUGAAGAACGCAACGCUAGACCAUGAAAUUGCCUGCCUGUCCAUCCGUGCAUCAGGCCCAGAUCAGGGUGCAGGCACCAUUCUGGCUGGCCUGUGGACAGACUUUUCGUUGCGGGCGUUUUCGACCAGAACUUUGGAAGAGCAAGCCAAGGUGGAGGUGCCCACGCAGGUGGUCUCGUCCAGUGUGGCCUCCGUGACCAUGGAGGGCACCUGCUACUUCUUCAUCGGUCAUGGUGACGGCAAGCUAGCCUACGGCGUUUUUGAUCCACUGAGCAGCACCUUCGGGGCCCCGCACGUGGUGCAAGUGGGUUCCUUGCCCGUUAAACUCCGUGCGUGUAAACGCGGCAAGGACGAGUUUGUCUUUGUGGCAACAGACCGUCCCAUGGUCGUGUCAAGCCGGCGCGGAAAGUUGUUGUUUUGCAAUGUCAGCGCGGGCGCAUGCAGGACAGCGGAUGUACUGAAUGCGGAGGCAUACGUGGAUUGCCUAGCCUACGUGGAGCAGGACCGUUUGGUGUUUGGCAAAAUGGAGAACAUGCAGAACCUGCAGAUUCGCAAGAUUCCGCUGGAUGAAACACCUCUGGGCGUUACAUACCACAAAUCAAGUGGUGCUUUUUGCGUUGCCACGGAUGCAGCUCGUGCGUGCCCGACACCACAGGAGCCCAUCUGCUACCUGCGGCUGAUCGACGCACAAUCGUUCGAGGUGCGCGACUCCUUCAAGCUGGAGCAGGCCGAGUCACUGUUUGGACACAGCUUGCAUACCAUGCAAUUGCGCAAUGACAGUACCGAAUACAUUGUGGUGGGCACAGCGAUGCACGAUCCGAACCGGCCGCUGCCGAAGCAGGGGCGAAUUUUGGUGUUGCGUGUCAACGACGAUGGCAAGCUGGAACUCGUGGUGAGCCAUGCAAUUCACGAUGGUGGCAUUUUCUCGCUCCAAGCCUUUCGUGACGGCGUGGUGGCCGGCAUCAACGGACGCCUCGAGUACUUUUCAUUGGAGUCAACGCCGCUGGAGCGCAAGGUGGAGGUGGCCUCACAAACUGUGUUUCGCGGCAUGCAAACGGUCUCCUGUCUGGGUGUUUGCGGUAACACGGUGCUGGUGGGCGACAUUCUGCAGUCGGUCACGGCUGUAAACUACUCUGAGCAGCGCAAUCGGUUUGUGGUGGGUCCGGGUGAUCCAGAGUCUCGGUAUCUGCUGACUUGCUUCUUGCCCGCGGAGGAUCGCUUUUUGUUUUGCGACUCGGAUCAAAACCUGGUUCUGGGCAUGCCACCAGUGGACACGGUUGAGAACGAUGCAUCCCUCAUGCACUUGGCUGGCCGGAUUCACAUUGGGGACAACAUCAACUCGUAUGUGAUUUGUGCAUGCAUACAUGUCUGGACUCCCUACCUGCUUUGUCCUGACAGCACUUUUUGCUUUGCUGCCCUGUUUGUGACGAGUAGGUUUGCGUUUGGCUCGCUGUCACUAUCAUAUGAGCGCCCGGCCGAGGCGGGCGAGGCGGGCGAGGACGGCGCCAAGCAGCAAUCCUCACCGCCCAUCGUGUUUACAACGGUGCUCGGCGGUGUGGGCAUGAUCUUGGAGGUGCAGCAGAAACAUCUUUGGUUUAUGCAUGAGAUGCAGCGCCGGCUGGCUGACAUGGGCAACGCCGUGGGAGGUCUAACCCAUGAGGAUUAUCGCAGCACCAAGAACGGCAAACGCGAGAGUGUCACACCGGCGCGGUGCUUUGUGGAUGGAAACUUAAUCGAGUCCUUCUUGGAGCUGACCCCAGAAGAGAUGGAGGAGGUUAUGAAAGAGUUUCACAUUCCAAACAGCAGCAACGACUUUGUGCCCGUCACCGUCUCCGAGGCCUCUUGCUUACUUCUGCUUACUUGUGUGCUUAUGCUUACUUCUGUGAGCGUUGUGUUUUCGAAUGUCAUCAUGAUGAUCGCAUGGCAUCUCUCUCUCUCUCUCUCUUUCUCUCUCUCUCUCUCUCUCUCUUUUUCUCUCUCUCACACACGCGCACAACCGUUGACCGGGACGAUGACCACGCUCAAGUUUCAACUGGAUCUGCGCAAGCGCAGCCUGGGCAUGACCAUUCAAGGCGGCAUCGAUCAUCCCGUGGACGGAUCGACCCAUGUCAUUGUCAACAAGCUGGCGUUUGGCGGGGCGGCUGCGGCAGCUGGCUUGCAGGUUGGGGACUGGAUUCAAUCCAUCAAUGGUUCAAGCACGACCAACGCCACCCUUGCCGAAGCGGCCAGCCAUAUCAAAAAAGCCAUCCCAACCAGCGUACGAUCCCUCGCCUCCUGUCCAGCGCAACACAUCCCCACCAACCCGGAGCGCGAUCGGGUCGGAGUUCCUGCUCACACAUGUAUUUGCCUGGCCUUUGCCCCAUUCCCUGCGCAGUCCCUCACACUCGUUGUAUACCGUGCCACUGAUCUCAAAGCUGUAACAUCGGGCGAUGAGCAAGCCGCGGGGCUGAUCAACAGCGAUCGCACCAUCAACGCGCAACGCGCCUUCAACGAGAACGAUCCUUUGCUCUCUCGCCUGGUUCAUGACAUGACAUCCGCCACCGAACAGCAUCUCAACGAAGCUGGACAAUAUGUCAAGGCCGCCGUUUUUGGUGGCCUGGAUGGCAUUAUCACCACCUUUGCCGUGGUGGCUUCCAGCAACGGUGCUCGCCUCUCUGCCAACGUCAUUGUGAUUAUGGGCGUCGCAAAUCUACUUGCUGAUGGCUUGGCCAUGGGUAUGGGCGAGUACUUGUCCAGCCUGUCCGAGCUGCAGUACGCCCGCUCUGAACGUCAGCGCGAGGAAUGGGAAUUGGAAAACUACGAAGAGGGAGAAAUCAGCGAAAUGGUCGAGCUUUACAUGGAGAAAGGAAUCGAGGAAGAGGAUGCACGCCAGAUUCUUCACAUCAUGUCCAAGUACAAGGACUUUUUUGUUGAUCACAUGCUAGUGCAGGAGCUUGGAAUCAUGCCUCCAGAUGAAGACGAGUCACCCUUCAAGAACGGCGUUGUCAUGUUUCUGGCCUUUAUCUCCUUUGGCCUCGUGCCGCUACUUUCCUACUUGAUGUUGCAAACGGUCAACUUUGGCAGCAUGGACAAGGAUACGGCACUGUUUGCCAUUGCCUGCGGCUUCACUGGCCUGGCCAUGUUUGUUCUGGGUGCCAUCAAGAGCAAAUUCUCUCAGCAGUCGUGGUUCAUGUCGGGACUGACAGUCCUGGUCAAUGGCGGUGCUGCAGCAGGUGCCGCCUAUCUCGUGGGCUGGCUACUCGAGAAAUACGUGGGCCAUUCAACCGAUUAAGGAUCGAUUCACAUUCCACGCACAGCGUAGAGUCCAAUAGCUACCGGCCCCUCCGUCACCGGGGCAUCGCCGGUAGCGGCCACCAGCUUCUCCUCAGUGGUGUAUAUUAUAGCGUCUUGUGUUGCAUUUGUCUUGACUAUGGUUUGAACAGCCAACUAUUUCGCGCACAAUGGCAGCGAGAUCAGCACGGGUCCAGCACGGGUCCAGCAGGGCCUGCAGCCCACUCCCUUUGUCACGACCGUCGACUGUUGUUCGAAUUCAUCAACAAACUC